AAACUUGCGGGGAGAGGAGAGGCGAGGAAGGUGGGAGGCAUGCGGUGUACUCUAGUACGUCAUGCCUCACCUUGUCUUCAUCGCGUUCAGAUGUCUUGCACCUGAAAGCGGAGAGGUUAUGCUGUGAUCGAUCUCUGUGGGCUCCUACUGUGCUUUCGGAGAAUAUCCGCGCGAUGUCUGCCGUUCGCUCUUGCUUCGCCUGGGUUCUCAUGGUCACAAGCAUAGCGCUGGCGAAAGAAAGGAAAUCAGAGUAUGUAAGCCCAGAGAAAGCUCUCAGACAGUUUGACCUCUUGAUAGAGAGAGAAUCGCCAAGACAAGCUAUUGCAAUGCUGCAGAAAUCAAUAGAGCAGAAUCCAAAGAAUUUCCUCCUCCACAGUUCGCUAUCUCUUGCUUAUUCCCUGGUAGACGAUCACGUUAAAUCUAUCCAUUGGGGAGAAAGAGCGCUGACCCUGUCUCCCAACGAUGCUGUCGUCCUGUCUCGCCUGAUCUUCACGCGUGGGGGUAUUUGUGAUUGGCGAGGGUUGAGCAGGAGCAUGAGGAGGCUUAGCAACAUGAUCGAGCAAGGCUUCUACUGCAACACAGGCU